AUGUCUCGGCCUGGCCCUGGUCCCGGCCCAGAGUCAGGAGCCGCUCCUGGCAUCCCUCAAGGGGCCCCUCAACCUCCACCAGGUCCACAGCAGACCCUUCCUGGGUAUCCCCCGCCGCCUUUCCAAGGUGGCCCAUACCCUCCUUAUGGGCAACGCUUUGGUCCUCCUCCAGGCCAGUUCCCUCCUGGUCCUGGCUUCCCUCCCUAUGGUGCACCUCCAGGAUGGCUUCCUCCCCCAGGCCAUGGAUUCCCUCCAGGGCCAGGUCAAUUCCCCCCAAACAUGCCAAUGGGUCCAUCUGGACAGAUACCGCCUCCGCACCAGCGUCCCGGACCUCCAGGUGUGCCACCCGUCCCAAAGCCUACCUCUGAGCUUCCCGUCGGGGACAAGGUUCCCAGCAAGCCUGCAACACCCGCAGCUCAACACGCUCCUACCCCUCCCGUCGAGUCAAAGCCUUCUGUCCACGAGGCUGUUCAGGUUUCAUCGAGUAUUCCCCCCGUUCCCAGCAGUGCGCAGAAGAAUGGCCGUGUUCUCCCUGCUAUUCCAAUUGCCGCUCCUAAGCCCACGGCUCAUAUCCCUAGUGCCUCUGCUGCAGUUGCUCAGGGAGGUACUUCCAUGGAUGCGACGGCUGCGGCUACUGCUGCCGUUGCUGCUGCCAUGGCCAAGCUGCCCCAACCUGGUGGUGGUUCCAAAAAGCCCCAGGGUGACGCAUCGAUUGAGAAUGUUACUCGGAAGAUGAAUGACCUUCGCCCCUACGACAAUGCUCGUCGUGGUGGACAGAGAGGAGGCGCUGCACGAGGAGGCGCUCGCAAUCAGCACAAGAAGAUCGACGUCCCAGAAUCUGACUAUGAUUUUGAGACUGCCAACGCCAAGUUCAACAAGCAGGAUCUUGUGAAAGAGGCCAUUGCCAGUGGCUCUCCUGCAGCCGAAGUGGACGCCCUCGCCACCGAACCAGAUUCCGGUGACAGCGUCGCCAACGUAGCUCAUCCCUCCGUUCCCAAUCUCUACAACCGGAGUACGUCUUUCUUUGACAACAUCUCCAGUGAAGCUCGUGACCGUGAAGAGAACAACACCGCUCGAGCUGGCGGUCGCGAGUGGCGCGGUGAGGAAGAGAAGCGGAACAUCGAGACUUUCGGCCAAGGCAGUGUUGAUGGAUACCGGGGCCGAGGCCGUGGACGAGGCUAUGGACGGGGCUAUGGACGUGGUCGCGGUCAGGGAGGUCGCGGUUAUGGUGGCCGGGGCCGCGGUGGCAUGCGUGGCCGGGGUAACUCCCACGCCACUGGUGUUCCGUCUCUGGGAUAA